AUGAGAAAUAUAUUUAAUUAUUUUUAUGGAACGACAGUAUUCUUUCAUUUUUAUCAAUAGACUAAUAAACCAAAUACUGAAAUCAAAGAUAUAAAGAUGGAUUCAUAAUAUGAAACAUUUAUUUUUGAAUUCACUUCUAAUGAACAUUUUCCAAUUUAUGAAAAAUGGACAAAAGGAGAAGAAUAAGAAUUUAUUGGUUUAUACAUAUAAAUAUUUUAGAUAUUAAAUUAUCAAGUGUAGAAAAUAUAUACUUAGAUAAUUAUGAUUAAUAACUAAAAUAACCUGAAUAAAUCAAUUUAAUAGAUUAUAUAAUCCAAGAGAAUGACACUCUAUUUGGACUUGAACUUAAAUUUAAUAUUAAGUAAUAAAUUAAUUAAUUAAUAGUUAGAACAGAAUAUUAUUAUUAAAUGAUAUAUCUCCUGAGUGUUUUGUGCCUGGAAUGAGAAUUAAACUUCCAAAUCCAUAAAAUCAAGAUUCCUAAUUAGAUUAAAUAGAAACUACAGGUAAUAAUAUAAAUUAAAAUCAACAAUCAUAUUUUGGACGUAAUUUAAUGGAUGAAAUAAUGACCAAAGGAUAAACAAAAAAAUGUAUAUUUUUAAAUUAUUAUUCUUUUAGUUAAUGUUUAUUAUGUAACUAAUUAUGGAUGUAUAGAAGGAAUUUUAACAAUAAAUAAUGAUGUUAUUCUCUUUGAUCCAAGUUUCACUGAUCGUAAUAAAGAAAUUGUUAAAAAAUGUUAAAGUAAGAAUUUACUUGAUGAAAGAAUAAAGCAUUUUAAACUUUUAAGCAUGUUUAAUGACUAAAGAUGUGAGAUCUGUAGAUUUAAAUUAAUUACCAAUGAGAAUUGCUAAAAGCUCAAACAAAUCAUUUAAAGAUUACUUAGUACUCAUUCAUGUUAAUUCUAAUGUAACUUGUAAAAAAUUAGUUGAAAUUAUACCAAUUUUAAGUUUCAGAGUAUUGUAUUUAAUCAUAUGAAAGAUAUAAAAUGAUCAAAAUUAAAAAGAACAUAUAUAAUUAAGUAUUGAUCUUUAUGAAAUUCUGAUUUAGGUUUUGAAAACUAAAUCAUAAAAAAUGUUGGAGGAUCAAUAAUUAUAAAAAGAACAAAAUCUAACUAUAAUACCAUUUUAUGAUAUUCAAGAUUCUUUAUUUACAGAAAAAGCAUUAAAAAGAACAAAUAAUUUAUGGGGAGCUUAAGAUUAUUUACCUUAGAUGAUGUAAUAAUCAAAAAUUUGUGAUAAUGAUGAAUUAAUUUAAGUAUUUAAAUAUUUAUUAAUUUAAGAUAAUUGCGCAUGUUCCAUCAAUUUAUAAAACUUCAAAUUGGAAUUUAAUUUUUUCAAAUAUUAUAAAUGGUUCAUCUUAUUAAACAUUAUUACAUAAAUGUGAAAAUAGAUCUCCAUUAAUAUUAGUUAUUUAAGAUGUAAAUUAAUAUAAAUUUGGAGCUUAUUUAAAUGAAUCCUUACAAUUAACAUUUGGUAAAUUUUUUGGAAAUGGUGAAACCUUUUUAUGGACAUUUAAAGUAAUUUUUCAGAAUAUAUUUUAGGAUAAUGAAUUUCAAGCAUUUCGAUGGACAGAGACAAAUAAUUAUUUUAUUUUUUGUGAAUCAGAUGGAUUUGCUGUUGGAUGUGGUGAACAAUUUGGUCUUUAUAUUAAUCAAUCAUUAACAACAGGAAAUACUAAUAAAUGUGAAACUUAUAAAAAUGAUCUAUUAACUGUCACUAAUGAUUUUAGUAUUAAAACACUUGAAAUAUGGAGUUUAAGUGAAUGA